AUGGGUGGUGCAUUCCAGACACUUGUCGUGCCGGCCAUACUGGAGGCAGUUAUAGGCAUGUUCUUGGUCAUCCAAGCCAAGAAGCUGAACUUGAAGCAAGACAAGGAAGGCACUGGUGUGACCAUUGUGGGCAUGGCUGGAAUCAUCUUUGCCCAGACCCUCAUCGUUUUCGCCGCGAAUCCGAAGCGCAUUCCGAAGGAGGCCUUGAUCCUCCUCAAGGCGGUGCUCUGCAUCUUCUCCCUCUAUGUGAUCGUCUCCACAGCUGAGAAGAAGAAGAUGUCAUGGGCAUUCUGGUUUAUGUUCUUGCUCUACACCAUUUCUGCGGUGCCGGUCUGCAUAACCAUCUACAACGUCGCACGGCAUGGAAAGACCGCCGAUCGAAGUAGGCUCGCCUGGUCUGCUGUUGCUUUCUGUCCUGAACUUUGGCUCUGCCCCUACUUGUUUUUACAUCCCAUUCGGAUAGAUACUUAA